GGUUGAUCUCAGUGCAUUUCUAGCGGUUCUAGCAAUGGCAUCGUCAUUCACUUGUACGAUUUGGCUUUUCUGGUUGUUUCUGAUCUGUGUAAUUGUGCAUGGUCAAAUAUUGGACUCGACCUUCGAUAUCACGGAAAAUGAACCUGCCAAUAUAGUGUUGCCAAAUCAUCAGGAGUCUCUCAAUGACUGUCAUUUCCGGUAUUAUGAGUUUGGUAAAUCAUCAAUCAACAAGCCAGCAUUCGGCAUUCCUGCUUACUUGCGUGAGUUUGCACACAUGGCAGCCAUCGGAUGGUCGCAACCAGAUAAAACAACAAUGUGGAACUGCGGAGGCUCAUUGAUUUGGGAGAAUUUCGUCCUAACGGCGGCACAUUGCACAGAGGAUGCGAAUAACCUGCCGCCGGAUGUGGUCCGAUUAGGAGAUAUAGAUCUGUUUAAUGAUUCAGAUAACCAGUACGCACAACAGAUUACAAUAGUAGAAAUCUUUCGGCAUCCGGAGCAUCGCUUCAGUGCUCGUUAUCACGAUAUUGCUUUGUUACGACUUGAACGCAAAGUUGUACUGCAUGACACGGUAGCACCGGCGUGUCUGUGGAACAAUGAUGAAAUUCGCUUCAACACGCUGGAAGCAACCGGCUGGGGAGAUACCGGGUUUGCCCAAUCACGAACACCGACACUAUUGAAAGUGCUGCUGCGGCCGGUUGAUCGAGAAGAGUGUAGUGAACAUUAUCGAAAUAUUCGAGGAUUACGCGCUGGGUUGCAUGAUUAUCAAAUGUGUGCAGGACAUGCUUUGAUGGAUACCUGUCCAGGUGACUCUGGAGGUCCUUUGCUGGUGAAGCUGCUUCACAAUACCCGAGUCACUCCUUUCAUUGUAGCUGUGACAUCGUUCGGUAGUGCAUGCGGCCUUUCAGUACCUGGGGUGUAUGUUCGUGUCGCUCCCUAUAUUCCGUGGAUACAAUCGGUACUGAAGGCAAACGGUGAAGAUGGUACAGAUUGGAUAUUUGAGCCUCAAGCAUGUGCGCGGAAGUACGUGAACCUACGUGAAUACGAACCAAGAGUACUGCUUACGAAGGAUAGUAAGGAGGAGCAGCUUGACCUAACCAAAGCGCAUUUGUUUAGCGAUUCAUCGAGGCAAUUAGUCGAGAUCCAUUGGGAGAGUCUGAGGGUAAAUAACUCAAACGAAUGCUACGGUGUCAUUAUUGAUGAGAGCACAGUUCUAACAUUGGCUCGCUGUACAAUGGCCAAUGGAACGGAACCAACGCACGUGACGUUUGCUGAGAACAAAACCAACCUCAUCACUCAUAGAUACAAGCAUCCAAACUAUGAGGAAAGUACAUUUAGGAAUGAUAUUGGAGUGCUAAAGGUGAAGGAACACUUCGAAUUUAAUGCCGACUUUACACCUGCGUGUGUAUGGACCAAGAACACCUACCUUGAGCCUGAGAUGGAGGUCACAGGAAGAGGUCUUCUGGAACUCAAUGUAUUGUAUACCGAAGCAGCACCAGAAAUCGAUCGUACUUCUUUAACAAAUAUAGUGGAUGUACUGGGUAUAGUCAUGGAGCAGAACGGAACCAACUGCUCAUUGCCUAAACAGUAUAGAGAACAGGUACCGAGUGGACUGUCACAAGAACACGUUUGUUUCGGAGCAGAACCGUUCCUAGUACCCAGCACGUGCAGUCAGGCAUUUGGAGGGCCACUCCAGAGAGAGGUGUUUCGUUACGGACGUAGCUUAAUGUAUGUGAAUGCCUUGAACCUGUUCGGUAGGGACUGUGGAUUCGGAGAAUCGGCCGUAGCCGUUCGUCCAGCGCAUCACAGGAGUUGGCUAGAAUCGGUUCUUUACCCUCCGAAAGAAACCGAGAUCGUCUAUAAAAGACGACCAGUUACAUUUCUGCACGAAGGACUGGAGGAAGGAGACAACUGUACAGCGCCGAACGGAUUACCAGGCGUCUGUGUAAAUUAUAUGUACUGCCCAAAAGUGACGCAUGAUGGUCUGAGUGGCCGUGAGGUGAAGUUCUGUGAAACAGGGUCACUGGUGUGCUGUCCUCAUCGAAACAUACGAUAUGAAACGAACAGUGAUGCCGAGGAGAUAGAUUCUUGCGAACGCAAUCAAGACACAAGUAGCGACGAAGAAGAGGGAAGCGGCGACAUCAGAAGUGCAUCGUUAUCACAUGUGGUUUCAAUCGUUUGGCAACACGGUAAAGAAGAACGCGUCUGCAUUGGAACGAUUAUAUCUAACCGAACCGUGCUGACGGCUGCCAGCUGCGUAGACGCUGCUACACUUCCAAACUAUGUUAAAGUCGAGCAUCCUUCUCUAGAGAUACAGUUACGGAUGAUGCCGGAAGAUAUGAUAGUUCAUCCGGAGUUUGAUAACUCGACGAAGGAGCACAAUCUGGCACUAAUCAAAACAAAGAAUAUUAUUGUUGAUGAUGAUUUUAGAGCGUCACGGGCUUGUUUGUGGCGAAAUGCAACGCACACACCAUUCAUCAUAGAGCAGCUCGUUUUGGCUGAUGAGACCCUGGAGAGUAUGCAAGCGAUUGUGAAGUUCAGUACCGACUGUCGGCGGGCCUUUAGACGUGUUCUGUCAUCAUCCGAGCUGUGCUUGAAGGUUAUGAAUUUGGCCGAAGAACCGGUAUCGAUUGACGAUGGAAUGCCAGCAUUUUGGUCAAAGCGUGAUGGAGGAUAUGUGGUAGGAAUAGUUAGUCGUCGAUCAUCAUUCUUUGAUCCUUCCAUCAUUCUGUACACUCGAAUUUCAUCGUAUGUCGAUUGGAUCAAAUCGGAAUUUGGAAUGACAUCUCACUCUCCGGACUGUUGUUUCGUCGUCUUCUGCGAGUCCGUAGCGGUUGCCGGUUGUCGAUCUUCGUCAGAUGUUCAACCAAUGCUUCCGUCACUGGACCGUGACCGGAACGGUCGGAUGUCUGCGACUCAUCUCAGAGUCGUUCUAGUGCUGAUAGAGAUGGCAUCUUCGUUCUGUGGCGUUGCGACUACGAUCUUGUUAGCUUUGGUCCUAACAAUUGUUCUUACAGUUGAAGGCCAAAAAUUGCUGGCGCCCUCUGAUGAUAGUCCAGAGGCGGAGCAUAUGAUUGUGCCAAAUGAACCAAAGAGUCUUGACGACUGCCACUUUCGGUACUACGAGUUUGGAAAAAAAUCAAUAAACAAGCCAACCUUCGGUGUUCCCGCUUAUCUGCGGGAGUUUGCACACAUGGCAGCCAUCGGUUGGACUCAACCGGACAAAACUGUAUUAUGGAAUUGUGGAGGAUCACUAAUCUCGGAAAGAUUCGUCUUAACAGCAGCUCACUGCGCCCAAAGACAGGAGCCAGACGUGGUCAGACUAGGGGAUAUCAAUCUCUUUAAUGAUACGGAUGAUCAGUACGCACAGCAGAUAAGAAUAGCGAAGUUCAUUGCUAAUCCGAGUUAUAGUUUUUUGUAUGAGUAUCAUGACAUUGCUCUAUUGCUACUGGAACGAAAAGUUGUGUAAGUAAACUGAUAAGAACUCCGUAUUACUUGAAAUCAUCUACAGACAGGUUUUCCCAACAGAGUACACGACACGGUGGCUCCGGCAUGCCUGUGGAACGUUGAAGAGAUCCGCUUCACAAGUUUAGAGGCUACUGGUUGGGGAGCAGUCGGGUUUGUCGAAGGUCAAACGCCUACACUCUUGAAGGUGACGUUAAGCCCUUUUGAAAAAGAUCGAUGUAGCAAUUUCAUUGAAAAUAAUCGCAGAUUGCCUAAUGGCUUAGAUAGCAAUCAAAUGUGCGCCGGAGACGAUAAACAAGAUACCUGUCGGGGUGACUCUGGAGGUCCUUUGCAGGUGAAGCUUCUUCACAAUACCCGAGUCACUCCUUUCAUUGUAGCUGUGACCUCGUUCGGCAGACCUUGUGGUCAAAGUGUUCCCGGUAUUUACACUAGAGUUGCACCAUAUAUUUCAUGGAUACAAUCGACGCUGAAAGAAUGGGGUGAAGAUGAAUGGUUGCUACAACCACAGGCGUGUGCGCGGAAGUACGUGGAGCUACGCGAAUACGAACCAAGAGUGCAGUUGAAGAAGAUUGGAUCACAACAGCAGCUUGAUAUGACCAAAGCGCAUUUGUUUAGCGAUUCAUCGAGGCAGUUAGUCGAGAUCCAUUGGGAGAGUCUGAGGGUAAAUAGUUCAAACGAAUGCUACGGUGUCAUCAUCGAUGAGAGCACAGUUCUAACACUUGCUCGAUGUACAAUGGCCAAUGGAAUGGAACCAACGCACGUGACGUUUGCUGAGAACAAAACCAACCUCAUCACUCAUAGAUACAAGCAUCCCGAGUAUAUAGAGGGCUCGUUUAGGAAUGAUAUCGGAGUGCUUAAGGUGAAGGAACCCUUCGAAUUCAAUGCCGACUUUACACCUGCGUGUGUAUGGACCAAGAACACCUACCUUGAGCCUGAGAUGGAGGUCACAGGAAGAGGUCUUCUGGAACUCAAUGUAUUGUAUACCGAAGCAGCACCAGAAAUCGAUCGUACUUCUUUAACAAAUAUAGUGGAUGUACUGGGUAUAGUCAUGGAGCAGAACGGAACCAACUGCUCAUUGCCUAAACAGUAUAGAGAACAGUUACCGAGAGGACUGUCACAAGAACACGUUUGUUUCGGAGCAGAACCGUUCCUAGUACCCAGCACGUGCAGUCAGGCAUUUGGAGGGCCACUCCAGAGAGAGGUGUUUCGUUACGGACGUAGCUUAAUGUAUGUGAAUGCCUUGAACCUGUUCGGUAGGGACUGUGGAUUCGGAGAAUCGGCCGUAGCCGUUCGUCCAGCGCAUCACAGGAAUUGGCUAGAAUCGGUUCUUUACCCUCCGAAAGAAACCGAGAUCGUCUAUAAAAGACGACCAGUUACAUUUCUGCACGAAGGACUGGAGGAAGGAGACAACUGUACAGCGCCGAACGGAUUACCAGGCGUCUGUGUAAAUUAUAUGUACUGCCCAAAAGUGACGCAUGACGGACUGAGAGGCCGUGAGGUGAAGUUCUGUGAAACAGGGUCACUGGUGUGCUGUCCUCAUCGAAACAUACGAUAUGCAACGAACAGUGUGGCCGAGGAGAUAGAUUCUUGCGAACGCAAUCAAGACACAAGUAGCGACGAAGAAGAGGGAAGCGGCGAAACCAGUAGUGCAUCGUUAUCGCAUGUGGUUCCGAUUGUGUCGAGAAAUGGACGUGAGGAACGCGUCUGCAUUGGAACGAUCGUCUCUAGCAGAAUCGUGCUGACGGCUGCAAGCUGCUUACAUGCCUCGAAGCUUCCAUCGGAAGUAGAAUUGCGAAUAGGUAUGUCAACUGGACGGCUCCAGUUUAUUGCGGGAGAAGUGAUAGUUCAUCCGGAGUUUGAUAACACGUCGAAGAAACACAAUCUUGCGUUGAUCAAAAUGAAAGACACCAGGAAUGAGGAGCAGUUGGGACAAUCGCGUGCUUGCAUGUGGAGAAACCAAACGCACACACCAUUAAUGAUUGACCAGCUCGUCUUAGUUGACCGGACUUUCAAAACUAAGGAAUCUCAUUUGAAGUUCAACACAGACUGUCGGCGUGCCUUUAAAAGCGUUCUGUCUUCCUCCGAACUGUGCUUAAAGGUUGAGGAUUUGGACGAAGAACCUGUAUCGAUUGAAGAUGGUAUGCCUGCAUUCUGGUCAAAGCAAGAUGGAGGAUAUCUGGUUGGAAUAGUUAGUCACCGUUCGUCUGUCUCUGAUUAUUCUAUCGUUCGAUACACCCGCAUCUCAUCAUAUAUCGAUUGGAUCAAAUCGGAACUGUAGAAAUGCAAAGAUAGUUCCAAAAAUAAAAUAACUUCAAAGCAAACAGUUAUAAUUUGAGGGCCG